UAGAGUUCGAGUCGUGGAAAGUGCUAAUAAAAUCCACUGACGACUUGAACUCACUUUAGUGGGCAGGCACAGCUACCAUGAGCACCGUAUCCUCAUCCUCGUUGCCCCAAUCGACAACCCUCCGUCCAACAUCCCCCCAACAAUCAAAUCCUGAAAUUUUUGACUCACAGGAAGCAACCUCCUCAGCAGGAUCCUCUCAAUUAUUAGAUUUCCAGAUUGCACAGACUGCACAGACUGCAAUAUCUCCAAGAGCAUCCUUCAUGACUACAUCGUCAGAACCGGUAUCAACCGCAAAUAUCUCACGCAGGGCAACAAUCACAACUUCCCCACAAUUAUCUCCAGUUACCGCUCAAACUCCAAAGUUAUCGCCAUCCAGAGCGCGGAGAGCAAGGGAAUGGACUAUUAUCCUAAGAGCCUUUGGAGUUCGACUCCUUAGCACAUGGCGCAGUACACUGUACGGCCAAGACACUGAAGUAAAGAAAAUCAUACUGGACCAAUCUUUUCGAGUAGCCUUGAUACGUUGCUCGGUGCAUUUCCUCCCGAUUUCAGCAUCCGUCGCCCUUACGGUUUUGAAUCUUAAGGGAUACUUUAUCGGGGCUACCUUCCAAGGCCCAUCUAAUCUCAGCGACGCGGUAGAUACGCUGUUUCUGCAGGUUGCUGCUAAAAUGAUGGAGUUACUCAUAGUAGCAUCGCUUAGCACUAUAGUUCUCGAGAUCAUCAGACACGAGAUUCUUCAUAGGAAAGAGGGUUUACCGUUCGGACUUCUCGGUUCUGCUUUUUCCUUUAAGGAUUUAUCAUUUUUCUGGUCCCCGAAUCUGUGGUAUGGAACCGGAGCUAUAUCUUCAAAGUGGCAGAAAGGCCGAAUACUAGUUAUAUUAUUGGUAUCGGGUUUAGUUGCCACUUUUGCUGGACCAUCGGCCGCCUUGCUGAUGAUCCCCCCUGCCCGUUAUUUUCCAGGGGGAGGGACCACUUUCUGGCUUGUUGGGAACCGGAAUUCACUUUGGCCCUUGAAUCUCAAUUCUGGUGCAGUUGGUGGAGCAUCAUGUCUGAAUGCUACGGCCGAAAUGCUAGAAUUGAGAACCAAAAACACCACGGGAUGCAUCUGGUCCUCAACAUCAUCCAUAGCUGAAUCUGCUAAAGGUUGGCAUCUGAGCACUUUCUACAACACUAUAACCAUAGUCGAUGAACUUUCUCAACGAUCGGUAUCUUACCGUGCUAGUGAUUGGACUGCCAACUAUUUCGACACCUGGGCUGUUUCGAGCAGCUGUGCCAUCGCCGUUUAUUCCACAGAGCUGUCUAAGAUUUGGUACGACGCCAUCUAUCACGCCCCAAUAACGAAACAUAUUGCUUAUAGCAGUUUGAAAUACCGCGAACCGACUCUUUCGCUAGCUACAACUGUUAGUCAAAUACCUGUUACUCGUGUGAGAUGUAACAACAGAAGGAAUGUAACAUUUGGCACUAGUUCAGAGUUAUCUUUCCCAGUAUUCGCAUAUUAUGGCGACUACCCAGCCAGCGAGCACAACCUUUCUGUAACCACCGUCAACUCGUCUUCCAUUCUCACCCAAUGGAUUCCCAUACCCCAAACCCCACGCAAGCGCUCGUUCGGCUCUAUAUAUAGUUACCCCAGCACCUUUCUAACAAUACAAAUCCCCCAAAAUUCCGAGAACUGCACGGUAUAUGCAUGUGCUGUUGAUGCACGCUGGGCAGACGGAGAAGCAAGCCUAUCUAACGUUGCCCACAGUAACUCUUUGCAAACAGGCGUCGUAACAAGUAAAAACGGGGGCCCCUAUGCAAACCCUCGGUUCUCACCCAUCGAUGACGGGACGUGGAAGCAAGUCAGUGCUGAUCUCGAUUGGCUGUAUACGCUUACACCGUUUUUAAACUCUUCUGUUUCUCCACCCCCACCUCAAACCCGAGACCUACCUGGGUGGACAAGUCUCGGAUCCCUGCUUGCUACUGCGGGGUUCGAUAACAGCACAUCCUUAAUCCAAAGCGACGGGGGCUGGGCCAGCUUAACCUCAGCACUGGAAUCUGUCAUCGCGAUCUUAGUCACCGAAGGGAUGGCUAGAAUCGGACUUACUGAGAACAUGCGCGCUGAAAUCUACUAUAAAGAUGCGGGAAUACCCUAUCUGUACUCCGGGCUUACAGACACAAUCUACCCAUUUUACGACUCCAUUCUCAAAGACGAUAGCAAGUGUAUCCUCCCUCAACAACACAUCGAUGCCGACAAUCUCACCAAGGCUCACUGGGACGUAUUAGUUUCCGGUUAUGCGUAUAAGGCAGAUAGCAUAGCCUACUAUCUCGCGAUCGCAGUCCUGCUUUUGCACGCUGCCAUGGCGCUCGCACAUAUGGCACACUGCCUCCUCUUCAAGCAGCUUUCUUCCGACGCAUGGGAUUCGUUCGAGGAGAUGAUGGCGCUGAGUUAUAAUUCGCGACCCGAGGGGAAGUUGCGGAACGCGUCGCCGGGGAUUAGGAGUAAUGCUACGUUGAAGAAGAAGGUUAUGAUUAGAGUUGUGGAAGGGGAGAAGAGGGUUAGGGGUGAAGAGGAGGUGCAGCUUCUGUUUGAUAGAGCGCCGGAUGAGGGGUUUGAGAUGGUGAAGUUUAAUGAGGAAUAUGGUGCUGUGGAUUAGAUAAUGCUUUUAUUGUUAUGUCUGAAUUUGAGGACAUGUGUGACCAUGUUAUUAUCAUCAAUAGAAGUCAUUGUAUCUUGAAA